AUGGAUGGCACUCCUUCUAUCCGCAUCCACUCGCACUCCCACGACCACCGCUACCACAGUCCGCCGCCUCUCUCACGACACUCGCCGCAGCAUCCACUGCAUGCGCCGGCGUCGCCGAUGUCCAUCCCGCAUGCCACACAAGACUCUCCCUCGGUGCCACCGCCCUUGCCGCCGCCCACGAACCUGUACGAGGACCUGACGCCCCAGGCGCAGCAGAAAGAAUGGAUUUUCUUCAACAAGGAAUACGUCGAUCAGCACUGGACUGAUUUCGGCAAGGCCGCCACAGUCAGGCCCGGCUCGAGUCUGCUGGGCGGCAACAAGUCGCAAGAAGAUGGUCACGUCCAACAUCAUGAAGCAGACGCUUCCCGGAGAGGCAGUUCCAUGUCGACCAUCACGGCGCCGCAUCGCAACUCGGAGGCCAUGAUUGAUCCUUGCGACAACGACGACGCGAAGCUCUCGGGCUACAGCGAGCGACAACUGGAACAGCGCUCUCUCAGCACUUCGUCGCAAGCAUACGACAGGAACCUGCUAUCCAAAAUCGGCGGGCCGAAUACGCCAAAUAGACUUUCGGUUUCAGGCGGGCCGGAAACCUCAGGAGCUGUGUCCCCCGGACCAGAGCCCAACGCAGAACACUCGGCCAGGCAUCUCUCGACCUCGUCGUCGUCUCAGUCCGAGAGGCGCCAUCCUUCGGUCGACAGCUCGACCUUUAGGUGGUCUGUAUCCAGUGCUGUCUCGCCCGGUCCUUUCCGCAAUCCCAACUUCAAUCCGGAGAACACCAGACCAACAACACUGCGCCACUCGAGUUUUCAAUUCGACGACAGCUCAUCGCAUCGCGGUAGUUAUGAUCAGUCCAUGUUCUUAAACGAGGAAAUUUCUACAGAGGAGGGUCAGAUGAAGGACCUGAACCUCAACGACCGCGAUGACUUCCAGCUUGGCGCAAAGCCAGGCAUGAAGAGACGUGCUUCGUCGCCGCAUAGAGAUUCCUUGCGCGAAGACCGCUCUUCCAUCAGUAGCGCUCCGGGCAGUGGUGACUUAUACACUCGUCGCUCAUUACAACAACAACAAUACCCUAAUCGUAAUCCGUCCAUCUCGGCGUCGAGGUAUGCGCCGAGUCAUCAUGGCUCAAUAUCUUCUGCCUCAUCAUACAACCCACGCCACGGCUCGUUGGCUUCAUCAUACACAUUAUCUGUCUCUAGUAGUGCUACGAGCUAUGCUUCUGGACGUAUCUCACCUGGCAUGAUGUCGCCAGCCAUAAUCGAUCCGGAGCUCGGAGCCAUGGGCUACAUGAAUGCUAAGCCUCCAAACAACCAAAGUCCUGCGCCUCAGCACAUAAUGCCGCCGUAUACUCGCACAAUGUCCGACACGCCACUACAUAACGCCCUCCACACUCCUGCGGACAGUGCACCACAAUCACGUCACAAUAGCUUGCCUGGUGUACAAGGUAUCUUCAUUUGCGACUGCUGUCCCAAGAAACCGAAAAAGUUCACUAGCGAAGACGACCUGAGCACAAACGGGGCAACAGACACUUGCGGCUACUGCGGCGACGAAUUUCCCAAUCCGGCAGACUGGAACAGCAGACGCGAGCACGUCCUGCAAACGCACAAGUUUGGCGAGUGCAACCAGACGAAAAAGUUCUACCGCGCCGAUCACUUCCGCCAACAUCUCAAGCACAGCCAUGGGGGCACGAGUGGGAAAUGGACUAAUAUGCUCGAGACGACGUGUAUGCGUGACGAACCGCUGCCACAGCCAAUGAGUAUGACUGCAAACGUUCAGCCAGCGAUGCCCAUGAUGGGUAUGGCCAAUACGGCGGGGCCGCCCAUGGGCAGCAACAAACCAGAUGUGAUUGCGGAAAUGCCGCAUGAAGCAUGA